AUGGCACCACCUUCAGCUGUGGAGGUCUCGGCAGUAUCGGACACCACCGGAGUCACCCUACCUAACCCUCUGACUGCUCCCGUACAAAGCAAUGACAUUCAUGGGCGCCGAAAGAAGACAGACAAAGCUCAGUGGGGAGUUGCAGCUCCAGCCAACACAGCCAACUUCAGACUACGAUCACACGAUCACAAACCCAAGGCGAAAUCUUGGCAACACUACUUUAGUCAUGAAGCUCAAACGCGGAAAGGCAAUUCCCUCAAGGACGCAGCGAAGUACCUCAGCACGCCAGGCAUAAUCUCUCUCGGCGGCGGACUACCCUCGAGUGAGUACUUUCCAUUCGAAGAGCUGUCGAUGAAGGUACCGGCCAUUGGAAUGUUCUCUGAGGCGGAGACCAAGAAGUCAGGUGUCGUCAUCACAGCAGGCAAACACGACCUCGCAGAGAACAAGUCCACCUUUGACAUUUCAACUGCUUUCAACUAUGGUCAGGGUGCUGGAGCUGCACAGAUGCUGCGCUGGGUCACCGAGCAUACGGAGAUGGUGCACGACCCUCCCUACGAGGACUGGCGGUGCACCAUGAGCAUUGGAAGCACCUCUGGACUCGACAUGGCUCUGCGGUUGCUAGCAAGGCCCGGCGACGUGAUGCUGUCGGAGGAGUACACCUUCUCGGCAGCUGUAGAGACAGCACGACCAAUGGGUGUGCGCGUCUGCGGCGUCCCCAUGGACGCCGAAGGCCUGCUCCCAGAAGCCAUGGACGCCAUUCUAUCCAACUGGGACGUCAACACACGAGGCGCCCGCAAGCCCCAUCUCCUCUACACCGUGCCCACGGGUCAGAACCCCACGGGCGCAACACAGAGCACAGAGAGGCGGCGAGCACUGUACAGAGUGUGCCAGAAACACGACGUCUACAUCAUCGAAGACGAACCGUAUUACUUCCUCCAAAUGCAACCCUACACCGGCCCCAACGCCCCGGACGUGCCGCUCCCCAAGUCGCACGCCGAGUUCCUCGACUCCCUCGUCCCCAGUCUGCUCUCCAUGGACACGGACGGGCGUGUGAUGCGGCUCGACUCCUUCUCCAAGGUGAUAGCGCCAGGCUCGCGAGUCGGGUGGCUGACGGCCUCGGCCGAAGUGAUAGACAAGUACCAAAAGCACGCCGACGUGUCGACGCAGAACCCCUCGGGCAUCUCGCAGCUGGUGCUGUUCAAGCUGCUCGACGAACACUGGGGCCACGCCGGCUACCUCGACUGGCUGCUGCACAUCCGCGUCCAGUACACCAAGCGGCGCGACGCCAUCCUCGCGUCCUGCGCCAGACAUCUGCCCCGCGAGGUCAUGAGCUGGAACCCCCCCAUGGCGGGCAUGUUUCACUGGAUGCAGGUCGACUUCACCAAGCACCCUGAUUACCCGCGGAAGAGCAUCGAGAUGAUUGAGCAGGAGAUUUUCCUCCAGGUGAUUGAUCACGGCGCGUUGGUGAUGCGGGGGAGCUGGUUCUACGCAGACAACGAGGAGAGUCACGAUACGCUGUUCUUCCGCGCAACGUACGCGGCGGCGCCGGCGGAGAAGAUCGACGAGGGCAUCAGGCGGCUGGGCGAGGCUGUGCGGGAGGCGUUCCAACUGGGCAAGGCGAGCGACGGGCACUGA